AAAAUUUCAAUUCUCCUCUCUUUCCCUUCUUUAGAGUUUUGCCUACAUACAAAGGCAUAGGCAUACUCAAUUGUUAACUUACUUGCCUAUCCUUUGGCCUGUUUUUGAGUACUGCUCUCUUUUUUUGUUUCUAUUUAAUUGUUUGAGUUUUUAAUAUCACCAUAGCAUUCAAAGUCCCAUUUGGCCUAAACAGAACUAUGAAGAACCCACAAACACCUCUGCCACCAGGCUUUAGGUUCCACCCAACAGAUGAAGAGCUCAUUCUUCAUUACCUAAGAAAAAGAGUGGCUUCCACACCCUUGCCAGUCUCCAUCAUCGCUGAGGUUGAUAUCUACAAGUUUGAUCCAUGGGAGUUGCCAGAAAAAGCUGCGUUUGGUGACAAAGAGUGGUACUUCUUUAGUCCAAGAGACCGCAAGUACCCAAAUGGUGCCAGGCCAAACAGGGCAGCCGCUUCUGGGUAUUGGAAAGCAACUGGUACAGAUAAAACCAUAUUAACAUCAACAGCAACAGCUGCAAGAGGAGGAGGAGGAGGAGGAGGAGGGAACCUGCAAAACAUUGGUGUGAAGAAGGCCCUUGUGUUCUACAAAGGAAGACCACCAAAGGGAAUCAAGACUAACUGGAUCAUGCAUGAAUAUCGCCUCGCUGAACUCCCCAACUACACUCCCAACAAACCUAUCAAGCUCAAAGAUACAUCCAUGAGGUUAGACGAUUGGGUUCUUUGCCGGAUCUACAGGAAGUCCAAUGCUUUACCUCCAAUGACAGCAGCAGCAAGUGAUCAAGAUCAAGAAGAAGAUGAACAAGAACAUGUUAUCCAAGAUACCACUUUACCAAGCUUGAAAAGUCCUGUUGGUCACAACAGUACUCUCAUACCCCAGAAAUCUUCUUCUUUCUCAAACUUAUUGGAUGCCAUGGACUACUCCUUACUAAGUAGUUUAUUAUCAGACAACCAUUGCUGGAACACAACUGGAUUCGAAUCAACAUUCAACAAUGGGAGUCUAGACCAGCCUUUCUUCAAUAACUCCAUAGCAUCUGGUAGCAGCAGUGAAAACUAUAUGUUUCAAAAACUACCUCAACUGAACUCUUUGGCUCCAAACAUGGAAAACCAGCUCAAACGCCAGCAUUCCAACUUAGAUCAUGAGGAUAUGUUAUACCCAUCAAAAAAAUUCAUGAGUUCUUGCAGUUUCAGUAACAGCACCAAUCAAUCCGACAUCGCUCAGUACAAUAUACUCAACCAGUCAUUAUUCAAUCAGCAGUUACUUUUGAGUCCUCAUCUCCAAUUUCAAAAAUAAGGGGGAAAAAGUAAUAAACUGGAUAGAAGGAUGUCAAUUGGGUAUGGAAUCAAAAGAAGAAAAAAGAUACAUUCUUAAAUCUUAAGUCAAAAGAUUGUUAAAAACAAUUUCAAAGAAGUUAUGAAAUCAUACAUGAUUUUUGUAGAGGAUGUAAUGCUUUGAUUGGUAGCACGUACGAGUCAUACCUGUAAUUGUAAAUAAGGUAUUUGGUUUGAUUUUCCAUAAUUAAUGAUUAUUUUCUUCUCUUUU